GCCGUGGGGCGAUAAAAAGAAUAGUGCAGAUCCAAGAGGAGAACAUGAGGGUGACCCAACUGCAAGAAGGGGCCCAAGAGAACUCCUUGUAGUAAUUUAUAAGGAAAAUUUUGGAGAUUAUUUGGAAAACGGAGCUUUAGUUGUAUUUGAUUGCCUGGUUUUGUUAUCAUCAAUCUUUUUGCGGUUUUCAUGAUUACACAUAACACAAUGGCUUCUCAUGAAAUUUUGAUGCCGAAUGGAUGGCCUCUAGGGCUCGAAAACAUGAGCACCAAGUUAGUACUUGCACCUGCAGAUAGCUCAUCACAGGCAACAGAGGCUGCAUCCGAGCCAAGUUCGACAUGUCACGUGCCAUCGUAUAGUUUCUCAUCAUUUGCAUCUUCUGGUCUGGACACCGAGUCUACAGCAUCAUUUUUCAUCGACCAAAGUGUGACAUUAGGCCGGUUAAUUGGGAUGAAUCCCAUACCAGGAAAGAGUCGUGCUUCACAAACAGGACAUGAGAUGAAAGUGGAACAAGAAUCGGGUGAUAUCAUCUGUGUUAAUGGAGAUAAGGAAAUGUUUAGGGGAAUAUGUGUUCCAUUGUUGCAGAAUAUUAUGGUGUUGAGAAGCAAGAGCAAGGGCAGUUCUAGAUACUGAGAUCUUUUGGUUUGAAUUGUUUCUGGUGCUGUCAAUGGACAAAAGAUUGUUUGGGCAGAUGUAGUGUAAAAUGGUUAUUUGUUUGUCUCGCUUGUAAUUCUCUUUGUAACACUUAUCAGUAAACCAAGGUCCGGACAUACAGUUAAAUCUCUUUAAACCGGGAAAGGAAAAAUAUUAGUUUAUGAAAUUUAUUAUUUAA